GGCUAUUUCCAUGUGAGUAUGCGGCAGGGCAGGCUCCGCGCCCCUCUGCUCCUCCCCGCAGCCCCCGUGUUGGGUUUUUGCCGUGUGGGUGGCAGCCCCGCUCUCUCCCCGCAGGAUGCCGGGCAGCCCGCCCGAGGCGCCGAGCAGCGCGGCGGCGGCGGCGGCGGCGGCAGCGCCGAGCCCGUCGGACGAGGAGCGGGAGCGGGAGCGGGAGCCGGCGCGGCGGCGGCGGGGCGGGCGGCGCGGGGCGCGGGGCGAGGCGGCGCUGCACAGCCUGCGCCGCACGCGGCGGGUGAAGGCGAACGACCGCGAGCGGCACCGCAUGCACACGCUCAACGCGGCGCUGGACGCGCUGCGCGGCGUGCUGCCCACCUUCCCCGACGACACCAAGCUCACCAAGAUCGAGACGCUGCGCUUCGCCCACAACUACAUCUGGGCGCUGGCGGAGACCCUGCGCCUCGCCGACCAGCGCCUGCUGCGCCCGCGCCCGCGCCGCGCCCUCGGGCCGCCCAGCCCCGGCAGCGACGCGGGCUCGUGGCGCUCCGCCAGCCCCGCCGCCUCCGACGACUUCGCCUACGGCGCCCCCGACACGCUCUUCCCCUUCCGCGGCCUGCAGAGCCCCAGCCCCAGCGCCAGCGCCAGCCCCUGCCAGAGCCACAGCCAGAGCCCGCCCUGCUGCGGGCAGCACCGCUAGCCCCGCGCCUCGCCUCGCCUCACCUCACCUCACCUCACCUCGGGGCUCGCUUCCCUGCUGUGUCCAGCAGCCUCCCGUUGAGGCUGCCUGGCUCCAGCCCCCCCACCAAAGGACUCGCUCCCUCUCCUGUUGCACUGUCCUCAACUUCACACCACCACCCCGCUUUGUUGCUUCCCUUCCCCUGCCCCCCAAAGGACUCGCUCCCUCUCCUGUUGCACUGUCCUCAACUUCACACCACCACCCCGCUUUGUUGCUUCCCUUCCCCUGCCCCCCAAAGGACUCGCUCCCUCUCCUGUUGCACUGUCCUCAACUUCACACCACCACCCCCCCCAAAGGACUUGCACCCUCUCCCCUUGCACUGUCCUGAACUCCACACCUCCACCCUGGCUUUGUUGCUUCCCUUCCCCCUGCCCCCCCAAAAGGACUUUCUCCCACUCCUGAUGCACUGUCCUGAACUCCACACCUCCACCCCACCCUUCAUUGCUUCCCUUCCCCCCACAAAGGACUUGCUCCCUCUCCUGCUGCACUGUCCUGAACUCCACACCGCACCGCCCCGAAAGGACCGUCUCCCAUUCCUGUUGCACUGUCCUGAACUCCACACCUCCACCCCGGCUUUGUUGCUUCCCUUCCCGCUGACCCAAGCCGCCGCUGGGGUGCCAGUUAGAAAAGGGAAGAAAAAGGGGACAGAUUUGCUGCUGCAGACGAGGUGAAAAGUCAAUUUUACAAUUUGUCAGACUCUAAUGAAGAAAAAUGAGCAUGAAAAUUUGGUUUGAACGGCCUGACAAUACUAUGAAAAGGCUUAAGGGGCUGAUCCGGCCGGGUUCACAGCACCUCCCCCCAAGGGGCCCGGCCCACACAACGCCCUGGGAAGCCAGCAGAGUUGGAAAAGGCUUGGCCUCCCCUGGGCCGCGCUCAGCAUCUCACUGAAUCCUCCUCUAAAGAGGAAAAGACAAGGAGCUGGGUUCAUGCAUUAUGGAUCUUGGCCUCCAGUGCUGCCUUCUUGCUUUAGAGUAGGACUAGACGCGGGGCAUUCAGCAACUGGGCCUGAUAUUUGUUUAAUUUAUUCAAGAUGUUCAUUCAUAUGAAAAUUGUAUUUUUGUACAUAAAGAGCUCUAUUCUAUUAUUAUUAAGUCUUUGUUCAAGUUUGUGGGUUGUUUUUGGUUGGGUUUGGGUUUUUUUUAAAUGUACUUUACUCCAUGUAAAUAAAAGCUUUUUUAACGUUUGUACUUAA